AUGCUGAAGCUCCAGUGCUCGGACAGGGCGUUUGCCUUGUACGACGACGAGCCCGCGCUGGGGUCCAUCCACCAGAUCACCGCCUCGGCCGUCACGCAGGAGGAGUGGGUGUUGUUCUGCGACCCGUCCGACCCCGACCUGGAGGCGUUCAUCGUCCCGAAGGGUGCGGACCUGGACGACUCCGAUGCCGACAUAGAGGCGCACCACGCGCAGAAGUUCCUGAGCCUUCAUCACUACAGCGAUGGCAAUGUGCUGAACGAUAUGUUCGUCGCCCCCGAUGGCGCGCGCAUCCCUCGGCUCAGCAUGGUGCAGUCGCACGCAAUGGCCACGUUCACAUCAUUCCAGAGGCCGCUGGGCGCCCUGCGCUGA